AUGGAUCAAUCGAACGCUAUAAAUCUCGCCUUGUUGCUAAAGGUUAUACUCAGGAAUAUAUAUGGUAUUGAUUAUGAGGAAACAUUUGCACCAGUAGCUCGUAUGAUAACAGUUCGUACUCUUCUUGCUGUUGUUGCUGCUCGUGGAUGGGAUCUUCACCAAAUGGAUGUUACAAAUGCCUUCCUUCAUGGAGACCUUGAAGAAAAAGUAUACAUGCAGCCACCUCCAGGAUUGCCUCAUUCCCCAAAUCAAGUCUGUAAGCUUCGUCGAGCGUUAUAUGGUCUCAAACAAGCACCUCGUGCUUGGUUUGAGAAGUUCAGCAGCGCUGUUACGCAAUAUGGAUUCACUCAAAGUGCAUAUGACUCUGCCAUGUUCCUUAAAAGGUCAGAUAAAGGGGUCGUUCUUCUUCUUCUCUACGUUGAUGGCAUGGUUAUUACUGGGAGUGAUUUGGAAGGAGUCAAUGCUCUGAAAUCACAGUUAAGUAUGUCUUUUCAAAUGAAAGAUCUUGGCCAUCUAAGAUAUUUUCUCGGUAUUGAAGUUGAUCGAUCAUCUAAAGGAUAUUUUGUAUCUCAAGUGAAGUAUUCUACUGACAUUAUUCAUUGUGCAGGAUUUACUGAUAAUAAAACAGUCGAUACUCCUCUUGAGGUAAAUGUUAAGUAUAAUCCUACAGAUGGGAAGAUUUUAUCUAAUCCUACGUUGUACCGACAACUAGUGGGUAGUCUUAAUUAUUUGACUAUCACACGUCCAGAUAUUAGCCAUGUAGUACAUGUUGUGAGUCAAUUUGUGUCAGCUCCACGUUCGACACAUUAUGCAGUUGUUCUUCGAAUCCUGCGUUAUCUCAAAGGUACCUUACAUCAAGGACUACAUUUUUCUUCAACAUCUGAUUUAAAACUGAAGGCAUAUUCCGAUUCUGAUUGGGCUGGUGAUGUAACUGAUCGUCUAUCAACUACUGGAUAUUGUAUGUUCCUUGGUAAUGCUCUAAUUUCCUGGCAUAGUAAGAAACAAUCUGUUGUUUCUCGUUCAAGUGCUGAGGCAGAAUAUCGAGCUUUAGCUCAUACUACAUCGGAGAUUUCCUGGCUACGUUGGCUUCUUGGUGACAUGGGAGUUCAUCUUUCAGGGCCUACUCCAUUAUUUUGUGAUAACAAGGCUGCUAUUCAUAUAACACACAAUGAUGUCUUUCAUGAACGAACAAAAUACAUUGAAAUUGAUUGUCACUUUUUUAGACAUCAUUACAAGAAACAGACUAUUUGGCUGCAUUAUGCUACUUCAGAAUUACAGAUUUGUUCACGAAAACAUAUCCCUCUAAACGACUUCAGUUUCUAA